AAAGAUCUGCAACAGCGCAGAAUAAACAGAAAGAGAAGACUGCGCUUUAGUAGUUUUUCAUUGGUGUCAGUGGUCAGAGUCAUCGGUGUACAGUCAUUGGUGUAAACUGUAGGGUGAGUGCAGUGGCUUGGUCAUGAAACCGGAAGUGAAAGUGUUCAUCAAACCGCGUAACAGGAGUGUUCUAGAAGGCGAGUGAAAUGUGCUUCUGUGCUCUACAGUAACGGAAAAGUUUGCUUGUAAAUCUACUGCAUGAAGGAGAAAACAAGAGCCUGAAGGGGAGAAAAAUACAAAGAGAUGGAGCCUGAGUAAUUUAGAACAACAGUUGGAUGACAGUCUGCACCCACAAUGGAGAAUCAUGAGACCAGAGGACAUUAUUCAGGCUCUGAUGAAAUGGACGACCUCAAAGGCCAGUCUGUUGAGACAUCUGGAAACAAAGUGACAAAGCUGGAAAACUUAAUGAAGGAUCUGGACAUUGAACAGUACUACGGAGAGAAGCUAACACUUGGCAGAAUACUUGAGAUUAAUGAGAAGACCAUCACUGAUCAACCUGUCAAGAGUAACUCAGACCUUCCAUGGUGUUUUCUAAAGAAACUGAUGAUGGUUAAUGUGACAGCUAGAAAUGUGAAAUCACUGUGUGAAUCAGAUUCUGAUGAUGGAUCUCAGGAUUCAAACUUAGAUUUUGAUGAUCUGUUUAAGAGCCCAGACGCAGAUGAUAUGCUAAACCCCCUGGACAUUAUCACUGCUCUCUUUCUGUGUUCUGAUGGUUUCCUACAGCAGGAAAUAGCACUGAAAAUGUCCAUGUGUCAGUUCUCUGUUCCUCUGCUGCUUCCAAAUUGUGACACCAAUCAGUGCACACUCAUGCUGUGGGCCAUGAGAGACAUUGUUAAAAAGUACAGACCUCAGGCUCUGUCAGAAUCCAAGGGCUUCAUUGAAGACAGAAUCGUUCUCUCUGAACUUCCAAUGAUCUCUUUUGUCAGACUGGGUGAGUGCUCCUUGUCCAAGUCAGAGAUUCUCAAUAAACUUCUGAGCAAUUCUCAGCAGUACCAUGACACCUUUGUUCACUGCAACAUGGAGUGUGGUGACAGUCCAAGAAGAAUAUCCAACGGACUGACUGAAAUUACUUGGUAUCUUCCUGGUGGAAAAGCAAACAUUGAUAUUUUCAGUCAGCCAGUGGCUGUAGCUAACCUUCGUGGGGACAUUGCUUCAUUUGAAGCACAAUACUCCUUUCUUUGUCAGACAUCUGCAGCAGUUUUUGUGUUCUUUGACCAUUUGGAUUUCUCUAAGUGCAGUCUACUUAGCAACCAAAAGCAUAAGACAAAGGUGUGCUUAGUGGGUAACUAUGAGAGCAAGCGCUUCAGUAAAGAUGAUUUAAAAGAAGUAGCAACCAAGUUGGGCUUGACUAAAAACAUCAUUAUUAAGACAAAAAGUAAAAAUGAUGCAGACUUGGUAAAAGUUCUGAGAAAAACAAUCACAGAUGUAGUUGAAAACUCAAAGAUGAAGGUGACAAUAGAGCAGAUGGCAGACAUUGCCCAUGAACUGGGAAUCCUGGUUGAUGAAGACUCUCUAGAGUGCCAGACUGCAAAGACAAAUGCAGAAGCCAUCACUGCAGAAAUUCAAGACAUCCAUAGUUACAAAGAAGAUCACCUUCCUCGGCAAGGUGAAAUAUGGAAAGAACUGACCUGCUUAGAGAAAGAAGAAUUUCGCCUUCGAAAAGUUGGCUCUGGAAAUAUAGAAGAUUACAAAAGUCAACUUCAGGAAGACAGAAAAGAACUGCGGAAAAGGCAGAACUCUUAUGACAUGUCGACAGCUAUGACAUGCUUCAUCAAUGCAAUAUCAAGCCCAGGAACAGAGAGGUUUUAUUUCCUGAAAUGGAUGCGAAUGAACCUGGAUAACCUGUCUCGUACAAAAAUGUCUGAACUUCGGAUGAAAUAUAAAGAAAAAUGCAAGAACUCUGAGAACAAGAAGGAGAUAAAGGAGAUUGACAGACAGAUUUCCAACAGCUCACUGGGGAUUGAACACUUCUUCCGUGAAAUGGGUCAGAUCUAUGAAGCUUCACUGUCCCUUCCAGAAACAGAUCCAGCACGUCAACAGCUGCAGCAUCUGCCCAAACUGUGUGCAGAGUUGUUGCUUGAUGGAUUUCCUCUUGAGCUUGUAGAUGGAGAUGCAUCCAACAUCCCUCUCAGAUGGGUGAGUGAUGUUCUCUCUCAGCUCAGUGACUUGGUGUCUCCAAACAGAAAGAUCCUGGUAGUCACAGUUCUUGGAGUUCAGAGCACAGGAAAGUCCACUCUCCUUAACACCAUGUUUGGAGUGCAGUUUGCAGUCAGCAGUGGUCGAUGUACUCGAGGUGCCUUUAUGUUGCUCAUCAAAAUCAAUGAAGACAUGAAAAAAGUCCUAAACUGUGACUUCAUGGUGAUCAUUGACACUGAGGGCUUAAAGUCACCAGAACUUGCACAACUGGACAACAGCUACGAGCACGACAAUGAGCUUGCUACACUUGUUGUGGGGCUGAGUGAUGUCACCAUUGUCAAUGUUGCAAUGGAGAAUUCCACUGAAAUGAAGGACAUCCUACAAAUAGUUGUGCAUGCUUUUCUCAGGAUGAAGGAGGUGGGCAAAAAGCCGAAAUGUCAGUUUGUUCACCAGAAUGUGUCCGAUGUUUCAGCCCAUGACAAUAACUCGCGAGACAGGAAACUGCUCCUGGAACAGUUAAAUGAGAUGACCCAGGCAGCAGCCAAAAUGGAAAAGAAAGAGGAGAACAAGAGCUUCACUGAUGUGAUGGAGUACAGUCCAGACACUGGGAACUGGUACAUUCCUGGACUCUGGAAUGGAAACCCACCAAUGGCACCAGUCAAUGCAGGCUACAGUGAGGCUGUAUAUGAGCUCAAGAAACACAUCAUCCAACUGCUGGGAAACUGUGAGUCAUCUGCUAAUGAUGUCAUGGAGUUUAAAGAGUGGAUGACAAGUCUGUGGACUGCAGUAAAGCAUGAAAACUUUAUCUUCAGCUUCAGAAACAGCCUCGUAGCUGAUGCAUACAUGAGACUCUGCACAGAAUUCAACAAAUGGGAGUGGGAAUUCAAAAAAGAAAUGUACACCUGGGUAACAAAUGCAGAUACUAGAAUUUCCAAUUUUGGUACAACUGCAGACAAAUCUGAAUCUUCUGACAUGAGAGAAUUUCUCACAUCUUUGAAAAGCGAAGCUUCCACAGUGCUGUCCACAUGGGAGACAAGACUUCUCGAAAAUCUGACAAAGUAUUUCAAGCAAACAGAGGGUCAUGUUUAUCUUGUAGAAGGAUACAGAGAGGAAUUCUCAAACAGUGCAAAGAGCCUUCGGUGUGAAAUGGAGAGAUCUGUGUUUAAUCAGCUCACAGCAGCAGCAGAAAUCAGAGAGGGGAUGAUAAAACUUGAUAACAUUAAGAAGAAUCAUACACAAAAGAUUGAAGAGGCAGUUUGUGCACUAAUUGAUGAAUGUCGGAAAAAGAAUAUCCAAAUGGGAGAGACAGAACUGGAAAAUGAAUUUCACAAGAUGUGGAAUGACACUCUGAAGAAACUUUCUUUUUCCAAACAAAAGACAACAAAUGUCUUCACCAGCGUAUCUAACUACCUAAGAAUCAAGCUUUCAUACAGGGGGAGUCAUGCAUGUGAAUUAUUAAGUCAAAAAAGUCUCCAGGAUUGUGGAAAAGAGCCUUUCGAAUAUACACCUGAAGGAUUUUUUAAAAAAUUCAAACACGGUGUCUGGAAUUUGUUUAGAAAAGAAGAUUACAAAAUAGCUGCACAAAAACAGGCUGACAGCAUCAUAGAUGCCUGCACUCAGUUUGUGAGAGAAAAAGUGAAAAAGAAAAGCAAUUACUCUGAGACUUACAUCCAGGAGAUCCUACACAUGAUUGACGAGAAACUGCAAAAGAAUAAAGAUGUUAACAACGACACUGAGUUUGAAGUUUCUCUGAAACAGCACAUCUGUGGAUUUGCAGCCAGAGAGUUUCAGAAAAUGCACGAAGAUUUCAUCCAAGCAAAUGAUCCCUACAGAUGUCUGAUGAAAAACAAGGAAAAGUUUCGUGAUGAUUUCAUUGAUGUGUUCUAUAAAAGAGACCAGUGUCAGAAGAAGGCAGAAGAAUUCACCAACCGAUGUUUGAAACCUGCUGUUGAAGACUUUAUCAGUCAAUCCCUGGGCCCUGAUAUCACUGAUGAAAUGCUGACAUGUGAGCAGUUCAGCACACGAAUGUCCUUCCAGUAUUCACUUUUACUGGAUUUACUCUCAAAGGAUGAUUUUAAAAACUAUGUGAGCUAUAUUGAUUCAUAUGAGAAGUAUGUCAAGAUGUGGAUUCACAAACAAAUAGUGGAGCACUUUUCAACUGUGUCAAAAAUGUCUGAAUUUGAGGACCAACGUCUCCAGUCAUGCAUCAUACGCAUAAAUGGUGCAAUCAACAAGGCAAAAACAGGAAAGAGUGAUGAUUUGAAGACAUUUGUUGAAGAUAUUUGUAAAGAACUUGGUGAUAAACUGGUCAUUUCCCAGGAUGCUCUUGGUGCUUUUAUGAUCCUGAACAAUGCUGAUAAGGAACAGUUUGCUGACUGGCUCACAGUAUCUGUGAAUGAGAUGGCAAAAGAUCUCAGAAGAGAAUUCCAGACAUUGAACUUUGAAAUGAAACUAAAACAGCUCAAAAUGAAUCCCCAGAAUGAGCUUUUCAACAAACUGGUUGGUUGCGGCAAACAGUGUCCAUUCUGCAAAGCUCCCUGUGAUGCAGGAGGAGGAGGUCAUACUGAGCACUUUGCUUCACUGCAUCGGCCACAGGGACUGGGUAACUGCAGGUGGCACACAACAAACAAACUUGUCACUGACAUAUGCUCCUCUCUCGUGAUCAGUGGCGCCCAAUUUCAAUGCAGUGCUACAAACAAUAAAUUUCACCCUUAUAAGCGUUACAAGGAAAUUUAUCCAAACUGGAAAAUCCCUCCAGAUGUGAGCCUUGAAGCAUCAGACUACUGGAAAUUUAUAAUGGCAAAGUACAACAAUGAUUUUGCUAAAACAUUUAAUGCAGUGCCUGCUGAUAUCCCUUCAGCUUGGAAACAAAUCACAAGAGAUCAGGCAGAAAAAAGUCUCAAUGAGUCGUUUCACAGCUUGUAAGAGGAGUUACAUUCUUCCUCCUAUUCUUUAAGUGCAGAGAACACAUCCAAUAAUGUGAUAUCAGAUCACUUUUAUGAUGUAGAUUAAUGUACAUUAGCUACUAUGCCUUUACAAUACCGUAAUACGAGAACAUUUCUUUUACUAUUGCUCACAUUUACAUGAGUUUGCAAUUAACACCUGAAAUGAAAAAGAAUCUGCUCAAAAUGUGCCUUGUUUUGGUUUUGUUGUCAUUUUAUAUUUUUUUCAAAUAUACAUUUAUGUUUCUCACGGAUUUGAGUCUGUAUGUGGUAUUAUUCUACUAAGACUAAAAAAAAUCAUUAGAAUUUAAUGUUGUUGUUUUUUCUGAGGUAUUUACAUAUUCAAUUUUCACCUGUAAAGAAAGUUUUCUUAUCUGAGUAAGUAACCAUAUUCAGAACUUACAUUCACUUUCUUUGUCUGAUUUCUUUUUUAAUUUUAAUUUUCUUUACUUUAACCUUAUAGUCAUCAUUCACCAUUGUUUGUAAAUGCAAGAUUUUACUUUCUUUCAUCUCAAGCUUUGAGUUAUUGAACUAAAAAAGGUUGGAUUGUGUAUUUGUCACAUCUAUUUUAUUGUAGCAUGUUAAGUUACAUGAAAUCCGAUUUCAAAACAAUCUCAGUGUUACUAGGGUUGCCAACUCCCUGAAAAAUAAAUAAGGGACACCUCGUGGCCAGGGCCGGGCAACCCAGUUGUCUUCACCCUUCCCAGUGUGGUGAAUUUUGUAGCUCUUUUUUUUGUGUGUGAAAUUAUUUUUUUAACUAUUUGACUUGAAUUUGAUUUAAUUAGAUGCAUAUUCUUUGUGAUAUGACCAUAUGGGAAACAAAUGAUCAUUUAGCCAUUUAUUUUUAGCUCAAAAUGACAACAUUAACACAAUAAAACAGGUCUCUUUCUUAAACAGAAGCCUGUCAUGCUUAACUUAUUAUUAUUAUUAUUCAUCUAUGUAUUACUUUUAUGUAUUAGUAAUCUAUUUGUUGUAAUCAUCUAUCCUUGCAGUUGUUUAUUACACAAAAUAAAUUAUAUUAUCACACUUCUGGCCAUAUAGCGCUGAUAUUCACUGCACAUGCCCAUAUUAACCUUAACCAGAGGGUUUAAAAAAAACAAACCAGUGUUUACAUACCAUAUCUGCUUCUGCCGUGGCCUGGUGGACAAAAAAUUGGUUAAGGGUUCUCCGAGCUUUCACGCCCCUCAUGUUCUUUAUGUGCCCACCAUUAGAAGCAUGCCUAUGGAAAAAGUGCACCGGCACACAGUGCAGUGCGCUUUAUAGGUGUUAUCGUGCACUUUUCCAGCCAGGUGUUUUCCUUUUCCCAUUCCUCCCUGUACUUUUGCAGCCUUUUUUCUUUCUCUGAGGGGAACAAACAUUGCUGGUCUAAUGCUGGGCUUACACUGUGCGAUUAUUGGCCCAUUUUGAGCCGAUUUUUGAGUCGUGCGACCGAUUUGGUGAUCGGCCCGAUUUUGGCCUUCAUCGUGCAUUGUGUAGUGUACGUGGGGUAACGAGAAGCGAUUAACACCUCACGACCAGCUCCCGAUCAUCAAUCACUCGUGAGGGUGUCACCGCAGCCGCUCACACUGCUCACGCGCAAACACAUAAACGUCGGUGAAAAAGACUGAGCAGCAGGGCUGUGCAGCGUGUGAUCUGGACACAAGCAAUGGAGGCACAACUUGUAGAACUUUGGAAAGCUCAUCCGAGCCUUUUCGAUGUGGCAUCACAAAAUUAUCAGGACCACAACAACCUGCUCAAUCACAGCUGCCUGAUCAAUGUUUUUCAUUAGCAAUUUAGCAAAGUUGAUGGUGGUGGUGUGCGUGUCUGUGUGAGUGAAAGACAGAGAGGCAGAGCAAGCGACAGAUUUUCUGUUAUAACCUUCAUUUUAUGGAGGCACAGUGUGAGCACUCAGGUCGCAUUAGAGCAUCGGGCGGUAUAGUGUGAGACCCUGCAUCGUGAUCUAUGAACUUAUAACUCCUGCGAGUCAAUCGUGCAGUUUGAAAAUCGCACAGUGUUUGCCCAGCUUUAGGUGUACUGUCGUCCGAGACUUGCACCGCAGUGUCGGCGUUUGUUUCCCUGUUGGCCAUGCUUCUUGUUGUGGUCAUCUGUUGUCUUCCGGUAUUUUCUCCGUAAGCGACCUUUCCUCGACCAAUGAGAUAAGGGGUAAUCUGAAUUGUCAUACUCGAAUUGUCAUAAGUGUGCUGUCAGCUCAUUGGUCACAAAGCAGGAGAGGGGCUGGGAAUUAUGUUUUCAAACAAAGCGUUAAUUCCAUUAACAUUUAUAGACUACUUUUGAUUCUCACUGUGUUACGGGACAAAGUGCGUCCCUUAUUUGCUCAAUACGGGACGUGUACUUUUGUUUCUAAAUACGGGACGAUUCCGUUUUUUAAGGGACGGUUGGCAACCCUAAGUGUUACUGUCACGGCUGCGGUGGCAGAUGUGUGGAGGGUGUGAGAGAGGACCCAGACGCUGGCACUGGCUUGGACGUGAAGGAGCUUUAUUUACACACACCGGUGUCACAAACAGAAACACAGCGAGCAAAAACAAAACCUAAAGGUGACCUAAACUGGGAAUGACUAACAAAAUGAACCUGAACAGGUGACUCGGGGAGAAAACGCAGGGAAGAAACACAGAUGGACUAGCGACGAACAUGAGUGAACACACACUACUCAGAAGGGAACGAGGAAACUAUACACAGGAGGGAGGCACAGCUGAUUGUGAUCGACAAGAGAGACAGGGGAAACUGAACACACUGGCAUAAGACACGGACUUUCACAAUAAAACAGGAAACUCAAAACACACGCGAAGACAGACUCAGAGACGCGCUUUACACAGAGACCUGACUACACUAGGGGGGAUACACAGGCAGCGAUGACACAGAACAGAGAGAGCACAGAAUUAACACUGGGAAGUCAAAUAACAAAACCUAAAAAUCAGAACUCAGGAAGUACCACAAAACUAGGGAGUUAGAAACACUAGGACAGAAACCAAACCACAGUCACAAUCCAUGAUGAAAUCAAAAGAAAAAAGUACAAAAACACUGGGUCACCGACCCAGGGCCAUAACAGUUUUGUUCAAUUUAAACACAAAGUGAGCAGCUGUGAGAUCCAAGAGUACAAGGACUGAAUAUUUAGUUUACAUCUCUAUGCAUUAAAACAUAAUUUCAAACUCUAAGAAGAACUGCUUUAGUAAACUGCAUCUGGUGAAACUUGGAUUGAAACUUUUUUAAAAUGUUGUGAGUCGUAAAAACUUCUGAAAGGUAGUUGGACACCAAUUUUUCUAAAAUUUUUGCUGAUAAAAGGCAAUUUUGAAAUUUGGCCUAAAAUUCUGAAAGGAGAGAGGGGUCAGCAGAGUUUUCUUUUUCUUUUAAACAGGAUGAAUAACAAGGUCUUUAAAAAAAAUGCACAAUAAGUUUAAGAACUACAAAUCACCAUGAGAACUGUGGUGGAUUUUUGUAUGAUAUGUAUAACUGUGUAACUAUAUACACUAUAUAUCUAUGUGCACUGAACAUAUAUAUUUUAACUUUCAUGUAGAGUCUUAAGCACAAGACAUUUUGCUUCACCGAGGUUUAUUAAGGUUUUACAGUAACAGGGCAGUUAAUGUAAGGGGAGAGUUCUCCUGCAUAACUCACCCUCCAGCUCCGGUAACUAACCUUCCCUAAUACUUACUCAACGUCUUUCAUGCAGCACAACCAAAACAGUAACAUUGUAACAGAGAUCCUGAACACACACACACACACACACACACACACACACACACACACACACACACACACACACACACACACACACACACACACACACACACACACAUGUGUGUAUUUAUAUCCUUGUGGGGACAUCUCAUUGACACAAUGCUUUCCCUAGCCGCUUACCCUAACCCUAACCAUCAAAAAUGAAUGCCUAACCCUGACCCUGACCCUGACCCUAAACCUAACCAUAACCUAAUUGUAACCCUGACACUAAAACCACAUUUUGAGUCUCAAAAAUGCCUUCAAACUCGUGGGGACCGGGAUUUUGGUCCCCACGAGGGCUGAUUGUCCCCACAAGUAUAGUAAACUACCAAUUUUUGGUCCCCAUGAAGAUGUUAAUACCCGUCCACACACACACACACACACACACACACACACACACACACACACACAUACUUUGAACUACACUGAAGUGUUUUAAGCAUGUAACCUAUGUAGUUUUAAGAUUAUAUAUUAUAAGAUUGUGCCACUUGCUGUGUAAGAUUUAGUAAUUAGGAUUAAUGUGUGAUGUUUGACCGUGUCAUGACCUAUUGUGAUAAGCCAGAGCAAGGGGUAGUCAGAGUCCUGACUGGCCUUUGGCCAAGACCUUGGCCUGUACCUGACCCCUGCUGCUGUGUUUGGGCGUGUGGGAAAGUUACCCAGCAGCAGGGGGUGGGGAUACUGGACCCUAUAUAUUAGGGGACCAGAGGACACCCCCAGCGCUUUUUCCCCUCUGCUGUUACUCUCUGUCCGUCUCUGUGUUGCUCUGCUGUCUGUGCUUAAGGCUGUACACCCCGGGGUUUUGCUUUGCUUGCUUUCUGCUAUGUAAUUCUCUUGCUAAAUGUCUGUAUGUAUUUUUUUCCUGCUGUUCAUAUGAUUCAGUGUAUUAAACUCUGUUCCAAGAAUUCUACUCUUUUCCAGAGCAUCUUUUUGAGUGUCUUGAUUUUAAUUGGAUCUAAAAGGGUUGGAUCUCCACAUCGUUGGUGGAAGAAGGUUAUCAGGAUGGCUUCAAAAUUUGCGACCACAGAACAAAGUCCCAUUGUGUGAAAGACCUAUCUGAACAGUGAGGUUGGUAAAAGGUCACAUGGGCAGGAGGAUGGCUUCAUUUUAUCAACCAAACUGAUGAUAGCAUUCAGAGAUGCUAUCAUCAGCUCAUUAAAAGUGGUGGCCAGUUAAGGCAUGAGGCCAGAGAGGAAGGACGAGGAGUAAUAUUUACUCUGAUAUUAUAGACCUUAUUAAAAAAAGAAGAAAAGAAAGUUUUCACACUCUUCAUUUGAGUGAACAGUUAUAGCAGGUGUUAGAUUUGUAUUGUUGAUUGUCAUUUAUGCUUAGAAAUAUCUACUUAUAUAUGCUUAGAGUUUUAUAAUUAGUUGUAGAUUGGUAGAGGUUUGAUCCUCAAUAGUCUGCAAACUUUGUGUGCAUUCCAGAGUGUUCUGGCUUUCACACCCACAUCUUGGGAGCAUGGGAGAGGCCGUGCCUUGUCUUAUUGUUUUAUGGUAUAGGAGGACAGCUACUCUGUAUCUGGUUAAGCAUAAGAGCCUUUUGUUUAGAUGGACACAUGUAUACCUAUGUAAGAUGUUAUAUGUUAAUGAACCUAUGCAUAUUCAUGUAACCACAAUAAAAGGAGUGCUAUGGGGAACCUGGCUGAGAGUCUGACGGAGGUCAAGUGGGUGGAACGACACUUAGCUCCAGACAGGCCUCCCCGUGCACGGAAACAUAAAGAACGUUGCCUACUUCGUGUUUUGCUUGCUGUGUAAUUAAAUUGUCUUCAACGUUCCAGCGAAUAGGUUCAAGCUACAAACCUAUCAGCAGGAAAUACUGGUGUGAAAAUGCUUCUAACUGUGUCAAAUAAAACUUUUGAAUUCACUCGGCUG